ACAAACCCGGCGGAGAUCGGAGGGGAAAGAGCGCACUGCCGGAGCUGCUGGGAGAGGGAAUGAGAGAGAGAGAGACAGCGUCCAGGAGUGAGAGAGAGAGAGAGAGAGAGAGAGAGAGAGAGAGAGAGAGAGAGAGAGAGAGAGAGAGAGAGAGAGAGAGAGAGAGAGAAGGCAACGGGCACAGCAGAGCGCGUUUGUGCAAGGAAACGCACAGUUUGUAGGAGGAGAGCGGAGAGGCUGCACGCUUGUUUUAUGUCGAGCAGCUUUACGCACGCUGGAGCUGCCUCUUCCACGAGAUCUUGUGUUAUCUUUUGCGCAAAAACACGCUGUUUUCGGGACAGUUACCCACGUUGAGAAGAAAAUCUAUUGGAAAUAUUUUUCCGCUCUUAAUCACAUGUGCUCUUAAUGCGCAAAUUGGGAAAGAGAACCAGAGAAUCAGCUUUUUGGAUGUUUUAUCGAGACAAGGUGGACUCUCGUGAUACUUUUUAUAAAGGGUUUUAAAAGUUGAUGGUUGUCGGCACAUGGUACUGUUAUCUCUUGGAAGCUCAAGCGGAGGAUUUUCACUUUUUUUUAAUUAAUCAUUUGUCGGCUAUAAGGACUGUGUCAACGAGGUCUAUAGACCCACGCGCGUUGUGACUGACAGGAGCUGCCGACCGUGCGCAUUGCAAUGGAUUUUGAGGUUUUAAUAUUGUGUUUGGAGUGAAAACUGCGCUUAUUUCAGAACAAGUUGCGCUUAUAAACACAGCAGAUUGAAGGAAAAGUGUUUGAAAAGUCAAAUAUUCCUGGAAAGCCCGGUGAGCGCAACCCGGCGUUUCCAGCGGCACUACUUGUGUCGCGCUCAAGAGGACUUAAAGAGGACUGAUUGGGAAGAGGAAAAGUAGACUUCGGACUGCAGCUUUUUCUCAAAUAUAAAACAAUACAGAGGAGGAGGAGAAGUGUGUCCUUUCUUCAAAUCGGAGGGAAAAGAUGGAUUUAUUCAUAUGGCUCUGUGGAUCUUUACUUGCUUUACUUUUACCUUCAACAGUCAAAGCAGAAGAAGGAGCGUCUGAGCCAUGUGGGGGCAUUUUAGACGCCAGUGAUGCUGGCUACAUCACCACCCCCGGCUACCCGCUGGAGUACCCACCUCACCAAAACUGUCGCUGGGUCAUCACCGCCCCUGAGCCCUCACAACGCAUCGUCCUCAACUUCAACCCACACUUUGAGAUUGAGAAGCUGGACUGCAGGUACGAUUAUGUGGAGAUCCAUGAUGGGAACUCAGAGACAGCCGACCUCCUGGGGAAGCACUGCAGCAACAUCGCCCCUGCACCCAUCAUAUCUUCAGGGCCCUCACUCCACAUCAAGUUCGUAUCAGACUACGCCCACCAGGGGGCAGGCUUCUCGCUGCGCUACGAAAUCUUCAAAACAGGCUCAGACUGUUCCCGUAACUUCACCAGUCCCACAGGUCUUAUUGAGUCCCCUGGUUUCCCCGACAAGUACCCCCACAACCUGGAGUGCUCCUUCAUCAUCAUCGUGCCCCCCAGCAUGGAUGUCACCCUCACCUUCCUCACGUUUGACCUGGAGAACGACCCCCUUCCAGGGAGUGAGGGGGACUGCAAGUACGACUGGCUGGAAGUGUGGGACGGGCUCCCAGGAGUGGGUCCUCUGAUUGGUCGAUACUGUGGGACCAGGUUUCCUCCAGAGAUCCAAUCAUCUACAGGGAUUCUCGCUCUGUCUUUCCACACUGACAUGGCUGUUGCAAAAGAUGGUUUCUCAGCACGGUACAACAUGACACACAAGGAAGUCAGUGAAACGUUCCACUGCAGUAAUCCUUUUGGUAUGGAGUCGGGAAAGAUCACAGACGACCAGAUCACGGCCUCGUCAAGUUUCUAUGAUGAGCACUGGCUGCCCCGGCAGGCUCGACUCAAUUACAACGACAACGGAUGGACGCCAAAUAAAGACAGCAACAGGGAGUACAUACAGGUGGACCUGCAUACUUUAAAGGUGCUAACAGGCAUUGCCACUCAAGGAGCCAUUUCAAAGGAAACCCAAAAGGCCUACCAUGUCACCACCUUCAAGCUGGAGGUCAGCACCAAUGGAGAGGACUGGAUGAUCUACAGACAUGGCAAGAACCAUAAGGUUUUCCAUGCCAACGCCGAUGCCACUGAGGUGGUUCUCAAUCGGAUCCCACAGCCGGUCUUGGCCCGCUUCGUCCGAAUCAGACCUCAGACCUGGAAGAAUGGCAUCGCGCUGCGCUUCGAGCUUUACGGCUGUCAGAUCACUGACGCUCCUUGCUCAGAGUUACAGGGCAUGUUGUCCGGGCUGAUUCCUGACUCCCAGAUCACAGCUUCAUCCAUGAGGGACAUCCACGGCUCCACGGGGGCAGCCAGGCUGGUGGCCAGCCGCUCAGGCUGGUUCCCAAACCCUACACAGCCCAUAGCCGGAGAGGAAUGGUUACAGGUGGACCUCGGGGUGCCCAAGAUGGUGCGUGGCAUUAUUACCCAGGGUGCAAGAGGGCUGGAGGGGAGCACCAGCGCUGAGAACAGAGCGUUCGUCAGGAAGUACAAACUGGCGCACAGCUUGACGAGCAAAGACUGGACGUACAUCAUUGACAGCAAGACUGGGUUUGCAAAGAUUUUCGAGGGGAACGGCCACUAUGAUACUCCAGAGGUGCGGAGGUUUGAUGAGAUAGUGGCCCAGUACAUCAGAGUGUUUCCGGAGAGGUGGUCCCCAGCUGGGAUCGGCAUGAGGAUGGAGGUGCUCGGCUGUGACCUGCCCGAAACCACCACCAUACCUGACACCGCUACGCCCACCCUGCCAAGAGAGGAACAAACAACUGCUGCAUGGAGACCAGCUACCACCCCGUCGCUCUCGGCUGUGUGUGACUUUGAGCAGAGCUUGUGCGGCUGGUCGGCUGAUCCUCAGUCAGGUGUGAGCUGGUCCCUGCACACAGCCAGCAGCAGUUCCACAGGACACGGAACACACGGGACGAGGCAGGAUCUGGCGCUGGGAUCAGACAAUUUCUCAGGAAACUACCUCCACCUGGACGCAGGCGCCCACACUCAGCGCAAGCGAGCCCGACUAAUGAGCCCCGAGGUGGGGCCAGAGCGAGGCCCGCUCUGCCUCCUCUUCUACUACCAGAUCCAAGGGGAGGCACAGGGGAGUCUUAGGGUGCUGCUGCGGGACAGCGACCAGGAGGAGACGCUGCUGUGGGCUCUUAAAGGAGAUCAGGGGUUUCACUGGAGGGAAGGCCGCACCAUCCUACCCCAAAGCCCAAGGGAGUAUCAGGUGGUGUUCGAAGGGUUUUUUGAUCACCCGACACGAGGCCACAUCAGAAUAGAUAACAUCCACAUGAGCAGCAGCAUCGAGCUGGAGCAGUGUACACAACCUUUGCCUGCCUUAACUCCGGGCAUAACCAAUCCCAGGCCCAUGGAUUUCGGAAAUGAUCCUGUUGUCAAUCACAAGACCCCCAUCGAUGGAGGGUACAUCUUCCCAGGAUGGCCUUCUUCUUUCUCCACACCCUCCUCUGACCUGGACCCCCCAUCGGUCACUCUCAUGUCCGACAAAGACAAAGACAACGCCUGGCUGUACACGCUGGACCCCAUCCUCCUCACCAUCAUCGUGAUGAGCUCCCUUGGCGUCCUGCUGGGUGCGGUUUGUGCGGGGCUGCUCCUCUACUGCACGUGCUCCUACAGCGGGCUCUCCUCGCGCUCCUCCACGACGCUGGAAAACUACAACUUUGAGUUGUACGACGGGAUUAAGCAUAAAGUGAAGAUUAACCAGCAGAGGUGCUGCUCGGAGGCAUGAAGAGGAGACAGAGACGAUGGGGGAAGACAUGUCCUUGUUCCCUGCUAAUUUUAUUCUCUGUUUGGACAAAGAACACAUGAAAUGGAAGCACUAUCUGUUGUUUCAACCCCUGUGUCCCCUUCCUAAUUUCCUGCUCUGAUGUCUGAAGGGGUAACAUUUGACCCCACCUUUUUCGCGUGCCAGUGGGAACAUGUGACUUUGAUCCCUAGAAAAUGGGAGGCCUAAACUUGGGGAACAGUGACCUUGGUCUCCCUUUGAUAAAGUACCAUUUCUCCUCCGCCUGCAGGAGAGAGCCUGCUUGAUUCUAAAAGCCUGUGAAUGAAUGAAGGAAUGAAAAAUGAAUAUGAAUAACAGAUCUACCAUAGAAUUUAACCCACCAGCCACUGCAGUGACGCAACAAACGGACCAGACAACAGCACCCAUGACAAUCUGGACAUUUGGACCACAAAUGGCAGCAGAGGCUGGGUGGUUUGGUGAAACGCUGGUUCUGGGAUUCUUAAAGAAGACGUAAAUCUCACUGACAUGUCCCCAUGACUUUGCAGAAGGGCAAUGAGACAUUUGUGCUUCUUUGCUUGAAUUUGAAUGUGGUCAAUAGAGAUGGCAUGCAGAAAUCAAAAGGUGACUGUUCAUGAAGGCUUCAGCACCAGUGGGAACUCGUGACUGAAAUCAACACAUAUCAAGUGAAUGCCUAUCCCCCCUAAAGAAGUUUAAAAGAUAUCAAACCACAGAACUCAAAGGAAUCUAGAUUUCUAAAGGCAAAGAAGGAAAAGAAGAUGAAAAAGGACCUUGUGUUUUUUUCUGUUUCUGAAAGUUUUAGAUAUGAGUUCCUGGAGUUUCAAACGUCCAUUAGCCUGCCACACGGCGCUCGCUUGCUCCUUUGUCCGCCUUUGGUCUGCGCUUUGUGAAACCAGUGGCAUAGAAGAGUAAUGGUGACUGUUUUUGUUUUGUUUUAGAUUUGUGUCAGUAUGGAAAAAGGUAAAGAAAGCUUCAGUUUGUAGCCGCCUUGUAGAGCUCUUGCGCCAUUUUUUUAGACUUUCUUUAGCACCGUGUUGGACUCCAUGGUCUCAACUGUUCCUUUAGUCGUUUUGCUAUUUUGGCACAUUUUUCCAUUACAGAUUAUCAGUCUUUACAAAGAAUAGAGGAGUGAUAAAGGAAGAUGGAAGACAGAAAAUCAGAGGUUUAUCUAAAUCUAACAUGCUGUUAUGGAGUCGUGCUUUAGAUUCAGUAUUCUAGAGUUUGUCUUUGGUAUAUAUCUAUAUUUUUUUGCUUUCCAGACUGUAUGAUGCCCAAAUGAAGGACAGACACUGUGUGAAAAAAUGUCAGUGAUUGUUUUAUUGCAACCUAUGGAUUGCCAAAGAGCUGUGCAUGCGCACAGGGGGUCUGAACAAGUGUUAACAGAGGCGGAGAAUGGACUCAGUUUGAUACAUCGUCCUGCCUUUAUCCACCAUGCUAACUGUCGCCCCCUGAAUGAAGGACAGUCAAAAACAAAAGGAGAAGGAAUGACUAAAGGAGGAGAAUGGAAAUCGUACCGACGACUUUCUUGGACACACAAUCGAGCCUUAAGCUAACUACAGUAUACGCUGUAUCGGAGGACAGCCAUCGAGGAGGGCCAGUGCUGCUGGAGAGACUGAUGACCAGGAGGAGACAUACUCACUCACACACUUACACACACAAUAACAAACACACACUCAACAUAAACACAGAAAGAUGGACACACCAGAAGAAUAAGAGAGAAAGAGAAGAAAUACAGUAGUUAUGUUUACAGGUAGUCGUCUCAUUUGUCAAUCAAAGUAUCCUGCUGACAGCAGAACAUCAAAACACAAAGAAGAGAUGUUUUACUCUGAACACCAAAGCCAAUUUUCCACAAGAAUUAUAUUCAUACACCAAGUUAUGGAGGGAAAAAAUUGGGUUUCAAGAAUAAAGUAAUCAAAUUGAGGGACUAAUGUCAUAAUAUCAUGAGAAUAAAGUCGUAAACACAUGAGAAUAAAGUCAUCAUUUUGGUGUAUAGUUAGCACAUAUGUUAUUUUAAAGGGAAACAUCAAAAGAGCAGUCAGCUGCCAACUCUAGAAUGAUUAAUGUGAAGCAGCUUGUGAAGUUAUACUUUAGUCUAGGUGUCAUAAAUAACUUUAAGUCAGUCAGCUUACGUUGCAUUAAUCAAAACUUCAUUGCAGCAGCAGAACAUUAUUUGUUUUUGGCGUCAAGGCUCCGAACCUCAUCACUCCUUGCAGAGUAACUUAGCAUGCAGAAAUGAAGAAGUGAUGACAUAAUAUCUCAGAUCCUGCAGGUGGAUGCAGGGGAGGUGGUGGGGCUGUAAGUUUGAGCCAAAGCAGAUGCAGAGACUGGAAAUCAUCCAGCUCAAAUAGACGCCAAAUAGAGAGGGUACUUUGUCAGGCGAUUGUGAGAGUGGCGCAUGACAGAUGCAAAGUAGUGCAGCUUGAGUUGCCUGCCUUUUCUGCUCCCCUGAUGUCUCCCCAUAUAUGAGUUUAGAUGUUGAUUCAUCAUAGCACGUGAUUACAACUUUAUUUUCAUAACAAUUUUACUCAAAUGAAUUAAUGACUUUAAUCUGGUUAAUUUACAGAUUUACUCUGGUAGAUGUUUGACUUAUUUUUCUCUUAUGACUUUAUUCUUGUAAAAAUGUGACCUAAUUUUCAGAAUAUUACAACUUUAUUCUCAAAAUCUCAAGAUGUAUCAUCCAUAAUGUAUCCCUAAUCCUCUGUCGUAAAACAAAUUGUUUGACUUCAAUGAAAUACACUUUGUUGAAAAGCUAAAGGUAUCCUGUGGAGUGUUGACCAGACGUGGCUCUAUGUAGUGCCAUGUAUGAUGUGGAGAUCAGAUGUUAAGGAAAAUGAAAGCUAACUUUUAGCAAAAGAAGUCACAGAAGAUUCUUUCCUAACAAGUAAUGCAGGAUUAUUAGUUAUUAGGUAUAAAGUUAAUGUGUUAAAUUAACUGGUUUGAACUUUGAGUUUCAGUGAGAGACUCUGAAUGUAAAGUUUGUUAUAUGUUAAGAAGAACACUCCACAGAGUACCUUUUAUGCUUCUCUGCUUUUAAAUAAUUAAUGUGCUUAUGACAAACAAAACAGCAUCUUUGAAUGUAUUUUCUACCAUAAUUAUUGUUUUCUUAUUCAUUUCAAAUCCUAAACCUGUCAACAAAGUCAAUCAGUGGAUUAAAAGAUGUCCACAGAACAGCUCAUUUAAACAAUAUAUGUUCAGCUUGUAUGCAGAUGAUACUCGGCAUGUAAAUAUAUCUUAUUAGAUACUGUGCUAACAGAUGAGGCCACACAGACAAAAGAUAAUAAUAUGAAAGUUAAAGUGAGGCUUUCAGCUCCACAUCACAUCAUCACAACACCAAGAGAAGGACGAAAAUAGAGAGAACAAGCGACAGACUGGGAGGGAAAGUCGUCGACCCAGACAGUUUCUUCUUUGUUUUUACUUUCUCACAUUACUCCGCCUGAGCAGAUGGAGGUCAGCUCCAGAAAGUUAUUUUGUUAUUUUGGGAAAUCUUUUUAAGUAUAAGUUUAACUUGGUGUCCAGUCGGGGUAAAGUGAAAGAGUUAAAGGGAGAAAUGAAAAAGUGCCAAACACAUCACACUCUCUUUGUGUUUUUCUCUCAUCUCGUUUUAUUCAAGGUCGUGCAUAGAGGAGGAGGAUGAAUACAGAGGAUAUAAAGGGGUUAUAAAACAGUGUUGAAAGGGGAUUAGAAAUACAAAUAUGAAGGGAGGGUAAAAACAGAGAGGGAGAGAGAUGGAGGGUUUUCUGUCCAUCUAACUGCAUUUUCAUUGGACUGUUUUCCAAGUGCCUUGGAGCUCUCUUUUUACGUCUCUCUAUCUCUCUCCCUCACUUUCAAUAGUACACACUUCUUAUGACUCCUUCUUUCUUUCUCACACACACAUGAAACAGAAAGCACUGAUCAGUGAGACUUUGUGUGCUGUUGGACACAGUUUAACACACAAUGAUAAAGAAACACACACACGCCCACACAAGCCUCUCGAAUCGUCUCUUCCUCCCUCUCUCUCCUUGUUUUACACUCGUUCUUCUGGAAGUCCAGAUAGUAUUACCUCUUCUGUCUCGAUGGAUACACACACAUGCGCACACAUGCAAAGAAGUAUGCACACAAACACGUACAUUAUACACACACACCUAUGGCACUGGCCAGAUAACUCAAACUGUUGUUUGUAGACUUUGUACAGAAGAAUUUCUUUUUUAAUGUUAUUAUUAUUAUUUAAUAAAGGCUAAAUAACAAGUA